CCCAUUUGAGCCCUCCACACUGCGUGUUAUUAGUACGAGAGCAAUUGAUCCAAUUCUUCAUCUCAAUACAUCCCUCUAGCAUGCCCUCCCUACUCUCUCUUCCCCGUGAACUCCGCGACCAGAUCAUCGAUCACGUUAUGUUCUCUCUCCUUGAUGCACCACCUGCUCCCCCAAAGGGCUCAUCUCCUGAAAACUUUCAGCGCAAGAUAUUUGACAAGGAACCCACCUACCUAUACCCUAAGGAUCUGAUCUACUACCCGUCUUCAUCCGCUGCCUACGAGCCUACCUCUAAGGGCCUUCUUCAAACAUGUCACCAACUUCGCGCCGAAACCUUGGACCGUCGCGCAAAGUUGGUGAUAUCAUCUGCAGUGCUAGAUGUUAUGCUCGUCGAGGAGAAGUCGCUAUGGCCGACAUGGCUUUCUAUCCCUCCCAAGAUGCCCCCAAUCAUUGAGCGCCUUGAAAUUCGGAUUAGAAUUUGCGGAUCUCCACGAAUCAAAGAGUCAUUACAGAGUCGUGUCAGAUUUGGAGGCUGUAUUAGUUCGCCUAUUCCAUAUGGACUCUUCGGCAUCGUUGAUCGGUUUCUGGCCGUAGGCACCACGGGAGAAUGCCCUCCCUGGUUCUGGAGAAAGUACGAGACCAGCGUCCCCGCAUAUCGACCCCAGUAUUGCAUCAAAUCCCUUCACAUCGUUGUGGAUACGAACGUCGCUCUUUCAGAAAACGAGCAGCUUUCCCCUGAGAACAUUCCGAGCAGGCAGACUCCUCACGUCGAUCCCAAGACGAACAAACUGCUUGUUGUCAGUCCAAUGGCGCUGGGCAUAUACCUAGCUGACCGAGUAGAGAUUUUGCUUGGGCCCACAGGAUUUGGGUAUAACAAGCUUGCAGCACUGCUCGGUGCUAGGAUUGGGGAGGUUACAGUUAGUGUUGGAAAAACCUUAGUUGGAUCUUUGAACUGGCCUCGGCAUCUAGAGCCACAUGUAGAAGAUGAGGACUGGAUGAGACUGUACAAAAUUGCCGUUUUGAAUGAUAGACACUAUUUUGGGCUAGGUUAAUACUUCUAAGUUUGCUCCUUUUCUGGUUCCACUCGACAGACCGCGCUGCUGCUGUCCACCCCUACGCCUCGCUUUGUGGUGGACGCCCAUGGAAGAGAAACGAUACGAGUGGUGUGAGUGAACGCAUUGAGUAUGGUGAAAAUCGGUGAUCAAGAAUAGAGAAGAGUCUCC